AUGAAAAUUCCCACCGAACAACAGUUUACACAAAUUGCCAAAGAAUUCUAUGAUAAAUGGAAUUUCCCUAACUGUCUAGGAGCUAUCGACGGGAAGCACAUUCGAAUAAAAUGUCCUCAUCACUCGGGAAGUAUGUACUAUAAUUAUAAGAAUUAUUUCUCCAUUGUACUUCAAGCAGUCGCUGACGCAAACUGUAAGUUUGUUACAAUUGACGUUGGGGGAUACGGAAAGCAGAGUGAUGGGGGUACUUUCCGUUCUUCCUCCUUGUUUCAUUUGUUAGAUACUGGACGUCUGAACGUUCCCCCAGAUAGUGUUUUACCUUCAAGCGCAGUUGAAGCUCCUUAUGUGUUUAUUGGGGAUGAAGCGUAUCCAUUAUUGAGAAAUCUGCUUAAACCUUACAACAGAAGAAAUUUGGAUGUUGAUAGAGAGUAUUUUAAUAUGGGGCUUUCAAGAGCAAGAAGGACGGUAGAAUGUGCAUUUGGCAUCAUCAAUGCUAAAUUUCGCAUUCUCUGGAAACCUAUAGAAAUCUCUCCGGAGUGA